AUGGCAUCGACCCCAUUGUGUCCUAAGAACGUUCAUGAGUUAAAUCUCUUAGAUACUCCAUUUUCAAUCUUUGAAUCUGAAGAACAUCCAGUACUUCUCGCGGAAGCGCCACUCAACCCUAAGGCUAAUAAGGAGAAGAUGACCCAGAUUGUGUUUGAAACUUUCAAUGUGCCUGUGCUAUGUUAUGCCCUUCUCCAUGCAAUUUUCCAGUUAGACCUUGCUGGUCAUGAUCUUACGGAUUCAUUGAUGAAGAUCUUAACCGAAAGAAGAACAGCAGCUGCCGGAAUCCAUGAAACUACAUAUAACUCCAUUAUUAAGUAUGCUGAUAUCAGGAAGGAUCUAUACGAAAACAUUGAUACAAGGAAUUUUGUCUUGCUAUUUACAUCGCUUUUCUUUCCCUGUGCUAAAAUGACAGAAGAUGGCAUUUCUAUGAUGACAAAAACUUGUAUAUCUGGACGAAGCCAAGGCAUGGUUUGA